CCUGACUUAAACGUCGGUGGAGGCGCGUUGCUCAGUUGCGUUUUUGUUAACCGCGACGGGUCGGUGUCUUGCCGUCUACCUGUCAGGUUCCCUUCAUUUUCCUUCCGAGCAUUACUCGCUGUCAUAAUGCUGAAGCUCCGUUGCGCAUUUCAAACUUAUGAGUGGGGAAAACUUGGAAGGUGUAGUGGUGUAUUUCAACUACUUGAAAGUCAGGGGCGCAUCGAGGAGUUGGACUGCUCCAAGCCUUAUGCAGAGUUGUGGAUGGGAUCACAUCCUUCUGGACAGUCUUUUCUUGAAAGCCAUCGACAAACAUCCCUUUUAAGAUUUAUUUCCGAUUUUCCGGACUGUUUGGGAGCUGGUCUACCAGAAAAGUCCAGCCUUCCCCUUCCCUUUCUCUUCAAGGUCCUUUCGAUACGCAAGGCGCUAUCCAUCCAAGUGCAUCCAUCAAAGUCACAGGCCGAAGAACUGCAUGCUCUCCGGCCGGAACUGUACAAGGACCCUAAUCAUAAACCCGAGUUGGCAAUUGCCCUUACACCGUUUGAAGCUCUUCUAGCUUUUCGACAUCCCAGUGAAAUUGCCUUGUUCUGCCAAGGCAUCCCAGAAUUAUUGCAAAUUGUCGGAAGUGAAUGUGUUGCCGAUCUAUUUGCGGUCGCAGAACAAGAGGAGUGUACAAAUGUUGCCAUCAAGGCGGCGUAUCAAACUCUCAUGAAAACGGACGAGGAGCUCGUCGCCUCAUUGGUCACUCGCUUACGAGAACGUCUACUCUCCGGAGACCGAUUGUUGGCCGACCUUCCUGUUUAUGAUAAUGAUUACAUGGUUAAAAUAUCCGAAGUGUUCGUUCGGCUCGCGACUGAUUAUCCUGGUGAUGUGGGCUGCUUCAAUCUGUUCUUUCUCAAUUAUAUCGUCCUGGAGCCCGGACAGGCAGUCUUCUUGGAGGCAAACCUCCCACACGCGUACUUGUCUGGCGAUUGCGUCGAGUGCAUGGCAUGUUCGGACAAUGUCGUUCGCGCCGGAUUGACCUCCAAGUACAAGGACAUCGAUUGCCUUCUCUCCAUGCUACUGUACGAGCCGCGUAGCAAGGAGGAGUUGAGGUUCCCUGGGCAAAAUCGACCGAUUGAGAAACCACUUCCCAUCCCAUUGGCUGAGCCGACGAAGACGAAUGGAGAAGCAACAGCACAACCAGAAAUAAUCACGUUUGCUCCUCCGACUGACGACUUCGCUGUGGACAAGAUUAUUGUACCUUCAUCUUGCCGUGUGUUGGAGCUUCUACCUGUUGCGUCUGCUAGUAUCUUAAUAUUCAUCAGCGGCUCAGGUGUCUUGCAACAGCUUCCCACGCCACAGCCAUCGAAGUCAAAGGAAAAUGCAAUUUUACAUCCCGACCCGUCACAGCACGAGCAACUCAGACAGGCGGAGCAACGGGAAUUUCAAACACAAGAUGGCCAUCUACCAGCCGGUCGGAUACAUGCAGUUUUGGAGUUUGAGCGGGGAACAGUUGUCUUUUUGGCCGCCAACAUCACCGUUUGCAUUUUUCCGGAUCCAUCUCCGUCGCCAGGGGUCGAUCCAGAUGCAUCCUCAAGCUUAGCUUUCCGUGCCUAUGCAAAUUUACCCUGCGAACCAAGUUCCUCUGCACAACUUUAGGCCCUUGGUGCUGUCCUCUUUCGAAGAUUUGUGAACGCUUCCCCUCAGCCCCUUAUUUGACACAGAUAUCACGGACCAUCUUCCUGCUCACAGUUGCCUACCCAUCCACCCCACGUACAAGACUCGUGCAGAUUGCUAGUGAUUUUAUAUAGUUGUGACCUACUUGUAUUCACACUUGCACCCGAAUCAAUUUGGCUGUUGAAUAAAAAGACGACGAGAUUUGCUCUUUCAACUUUUUUUAU